GUAAUAAUAUUCAGCAAGAUGGAAGAACGUGUCAACGGCUCGUUACAUGUACAGAGAUUUUAUUGGAAAUGGCUAAAAUGAACAAGAAGAAAUUUAAUAUAAAGGGCGUGUUCGACGGCAUACGAUUCUCUGUCGGCGCUCAGCAAAAAUCAGAAAAUGAGAUCGAAGAGACGUUACGAACAGAUCACUUUCAAGUUUGCAACACUGUAAGACAUGGAUUUCCUUAUCAACCAACAGCAGUAGCAUUUGAUCCAGUCCAGCAUCUUCUUGCUAUCGGCACAAAAACAGGCUGGCUCAGAUUACUUGGUCGUCCUGGUGUUGAUAUUAGUUGUUGCCAUGACAAUGAGGUUGCUGUCACACAGAUAGUCUUUCUUGGAAAUGAGGGUGCUUUGGUGACUGUAUGCUCUGAUGAUAGUCUUCAUUUAUGGAAUUUCAGACAAAAACAUCCAGAAAUAGUCCAUUCACUCAAAUUUCAAAGAGAAAGAAUCACAUUCUGUCAUUUGGCUUUCCAAAGUAAAUGGUUAUAUAUAGGGACAGAACGAGGAAAUGUGCACAUCGUCAACAUAGAAUCAUUUGUCCUGUCUGGUUAUGUUAUCAACUGGAACAAAGCUAUAGAAUUGUCAAGAAAAACACAUCCAGGAGUAGUGGUGCAUCUGAGUGACAAUCCAGUUGACCCAAAUAAACUUCUUAUUGGAUUUGAAAGUGGUACCAUAGUAUUAUGGGAUUUGAAAUCAAAGCAGGCAGAAUUUAGAUACAACUCCCCUGAGGCUCUGAGAUCUGUUUCCUGGCAUCAUGAGGGGAAGCAGUUUAUGUGUAGCCAUUCAGAUGGUAGUUUAACGAGAUAUAAUGUUCGACAGCCACCAAAAUACAUAGAUUUAAUGAUGCCACAUGCAAAGACGGGGCGUGAUGGAAAAGCAGAACCAUGUAAACCAAUAGCAAAAGUAGAAUGGAAAUCAGUCAAAAAUAGUUUUAACUUUUUUGAACGUGAACCAUUAGUAAUAUUUUCUGGUGGCAUGUCAUAUGACAGGGCCGGACGGACACCAACAAUAACUGUGAUGAAUGGUAAAAGUACAACUGUUUUAGAAAUGGAGCACAACAUUGUUGAUUUUGUUGUUCUGUGUGAGACACCAUGGGUAAAUGAUUUUCAAGAACCUUAUGCUAUAGUGGUGUUGUUACAGAAUGAUUUGGUGGUGGUCGACUUAACAACUCCUGGAUAUCCAUGUUUUGAGAAUCCAUAUCCUAUGGAUAUCCAUGAGUCUCCUGUUACAGCCUUACAAUACUAUGCUGACUGUCCCCCAGAUAUAAUACCAGCAUUUUAUUCUGUUGGAUCCAAACAAAAAAGGAGUGGAUUCAGUGAGAAAGAAUGGCCAAUCAAAGGAGGAGUAUGGGGAACAACCACAUGUAGUUAUCCAGAAAUUCUCAUUACAGGUCAUGCUGAUGGAUCUGUCAAGUUCUGGGAUGCUUCAUCAGUUACACUUCAAGUUUUGUACAAAUUAAAAACUGCCAAAAUAUUUGAAAAACCAAAAAAGGAAAGUCAAGAUGACGAUCCAUUUGCUGUGUAUUUAAUACAUUUGUGUCCAGAGAGCCGAAUAUUGUGUUUAGCGGGAGCAACUCAUUUAAUACUCUUUAAAUUCUCAAAACAAGAGGUAUCAACGGAAGUCUCAAGUUUGGAUAUUUCUAUUGUGUAUGAAGUGUAUGAUGAUUUAGACUCACCAGAUUUUGAGUGUCCAAAAUCAUCUACCCCAAGUCUUAGUGUAGUUAGUCAGCAGCAAAGUGGUAGUAUGGGGUCAUACUCAAGUAAUACCUCAGACAGUCAUAGCUGUAAACUGGAAACAGGGACAGCUUUGAUUGUAAAGUCUGGUAGUCGGAAGUUUAGUGCUGGCUACUACUCAGAUUUAGUGUGUUUAUUACAAUAUCUCGAUAGUGAACAUCCUGGAAAUAUUACAUAUAUAUCGGUCAACUCAGUGUAUGGAUUAUUAGCGUUUGGUAAUGAGUCAGGUCUAGCAAUUAUUGAUUAUCUGCAAAAAACGUGUCUUUUAAAUUUAGGAACUCCUGAUUUAUAUGGUUCUAUGGAUCCCUAUCAGAGGGCUCCAAGGUCUCCUAGGGGUAAAAAGUUCAACCAAGCAGAGUUUUCAGGGAAUGAGGAAGGCUGUCGUUCACCUACCACUGAUCAAUCACCAUCCCCUGAAACCAACCCUGCCAGAUUAAAGAAAAAAUCCUCUUGGCCUAGCGAUUACCCUUUGUUGGCUAUUAAAGAAAGUCAGCAGACAGACUCAGAUAAAAGUGAUCAAGAAGUUAAUUCUAGUGUUGAUGAUGAAAAUGUUGAAACUGCAGAUUUAGCAGAAACUUUGGAUAAUGAUACUAAUACUUUAAAUGAUAAAAAGGAAAGUGAUGAAGGCGGUGAAAUCAGUAUGGAAUCUUCCAUGAGAAAAAAUAUUCGUCGGAUGUCCGUUCAACCACUCACGCUUCCAAGUUUAAAAGUCCAGCUGGCGGAAACAUCCUACUCGGAUGAAGAAAGAACACCAACGAACAAUAACAAUGAACAUAAUUUGACAUUCGAAAAAUUGCCAAUAAUGGGAAAAAAGAAGAAAGUAGGAAAAACGAAAUCAGAACCCAGUGGUUUGAUUGGGAAAUACUCUAAUGGUAAAGGUGACGAUAGACCAAGGUCAUCCUCAGAACCUGAUAUUGACAUGGAACCUCCAGAAAAACAAAAAACCAGGAGAAUCUCAUUACAUAAACUUGGUUUUCAUCGUAAAAAAUCUCAUGCUAAAAAAUGUAAAGAAGAUGUUGGUGUUUCAUGUGAUAGUGACAAUUUAAACAAUAGUAAAUCAUCGCACGGAGAUGAUGACUUCCAUAACAAGCACCAUAAAGAGAUUACAGACGAUGAAACAGAUGAGGAAAAGCAAGAUACAGGAUUUUUUAAAAGUAUGAGGCGAAUGAGUGUCCAAAUUCAAAAUAAGCUUUUCAAAGAGGAUGACAAGAAACCCAGACUUGAAGUUCUAGACUUGUCAAAUGAUAAAGAAGGGCAUACGACAAUUAGAAAAAUGAGCAUUACAGAAUUGUUACAACCGGCCAUUGUAUACCUCAAACCUGAUUGUGAUAAAAAUGAUGGUGCAUCUUUUUCUCGGUCCCGUAGUUCUAGUAUGUCAAGUUUAGAGAAUGUCUCAAAAGAAGCAAUUCAGUCUCUCAUCUUUGCUGACUCAUAUACCAGAAAAACAGAUAAUUUUACCUGUCCAUGUCUGUGGGUAGGUACCAGCCUGGGUUCAGUGCUGGUUAUUGUGCUAAAUCUACCUCCCCCGGGAGACCAGCGACUUAGUCAACCUGUGAUAGUCUCACCCAGUGGAACAAUAUUUAGGUUGAAAGGAGCAAUAUUAACCAUGUCUUUCUUAGAUUGUAAUGGGGUGCUAAUUCCUUCCAUACAUAAGGCAUGGAGGGAAACAGAACAAAAGGAGACACCAACAAAAGAACCGAAAACACCAAGACAAUUGUCUAUGGCUCAGAAACCAAGGAUCUCACCUACUUCUUCAACGGAAGUCUCAGAUAAACAAUAUGCUGUUUUAUGCUCAGAAAAACAAGCAAGAGUUGUGUCCUUGCCAUCUCAGUCAUGUCCAUAUAAAACAAGGAUCACUGAUUCAUCGUUUGUUGUUAGAGCUGAUAUUGUUUCAAUGAGAGAUAGUGUAUGUUUAGCUUGUUAUAUUGCCAAUGGUCGGAUUAUGACAUUUAGUUUGCCCAGCCUUAAGCCUCUUCUAGACAUAGAUUUUCUAGCAUUAACAGACCUGCGAAUAGCAAGAACAUUUAGUUUCAGUAGUAAUGGACAUGCCAGUUAUUUAUGUUCACCUACAGAGAUACAAAAAAUAUCAUUUUCUGCUGACCUAAGUGAUAAUUUAAAUGAAAUGUUGGGAGAUCUGUUUGUAGCAACUUGUGAAACUCCAGAAGCUCCUAAACAAGGCUUCUUCAAGAACUUAUUUGGUGGUGGAAACUCAAUUUUAGACAGAGAGGACUUAUUUGGUGAAUCCAGUGGUAAAGGGUCAAGAGGAUUGGCUACAAAGAUACCAGGACGAACUAACAUGCAGUAUCUACAGGCUGGAACUGUUGGAGUCACUGGAGAGGUGGCUAAGACAAGACAGUUAUUCUUGGAGAGGGGAGAGAAACUGGGAGAACUUGGAGAACGGACAGAACAAAUGUUACAAAAUGCAGAAAGCUUUUCAAGUGCUUCACAUGCAAUAAUGUUAAAAUACAAAGACAAAAAGUGGUAUCAGUUUUAAUUCUCAGCACACCAAUCGUUGACAGCCACGUCAUCAUGAUUAGAUUCAUAGCAUACAAUGGCAUGUUUUGAUUCUGGCAUGGCAAAAGAUCAUCAGUGUUUGCAGAAGUAGCAAAACUGUAGGAUCAGUGUUUAAUCCUAACACAGAUAUGUUACUGUAAUGCUCCACCCAUGACAACAGUUGCUGUGGUCAUAUUAGUUGCCAUGACAACUAGAAAAGAAUAAUGGUGUUAUGGAACCUAGUUUGUGCAAUAAUUAUAAAUUUAAGAUAUUUAUAAGGUCUAGAGUUUUUUUUCUGUUCAUUGAAUUAUUCUGAUUUGUAUGUGUAGAGUGUUUUUUUUCUAUAUAUGAUUAAGAAAUAUAUAUCCAUUAUUUUAUUGGGAAAAUGCAAUUUUUUAUUGACUGUGUUUUCAUUAAUUUGUUCUUUAAGUUAUCUCGCUAGUCUGUUAAUUUACACAAUUAAUUCUACUCCUAAUAGUUGAAGUAUUCCGAUACCAAUAUUUAAAAAAUAAAUGAGUAGGUUCUCUUAGGUUAAAUUUUGCCUUUUAAAUUCCAUGAAAUACAGUUUAAGUCAUCAUUAAUAUUCGAUAACAGAAUGUAAAACUUGAUGACGAAUACAGAAUCAUCUUGUUUCCAUUUAAAGAUUGUUGAUAAUGUCUUUACAGAAUAUAUUACUUUUAAGGAUUCUUGGUUUUACAAAUCAACAAAAUAUUAUUUCUAUGGUCAGUUCUUCAGAUACUAAAAGAUCUUAAGUUUCUGUUAAUGAUUCCACAAUAUAACAAAUCCAACAUUAUAUACUCAGCUGCUUAUAAUUUUAGUUCCAAUAGAAUACUGUCAGUUCAGAAAUUAUUGCAUGCAUUUAUUCAUGUGAAAUUUGCUGAUCAGACAAAAACGCAAGAAUAAUUAUUACCAAGAAAUACUAAGUUAAAUAUUACUAUUGGAAUUUUACAAAUGAAUUUCAAUUAAUGUAACACUCCCAAAUAAAUUUUUCAAGACAUAAAAACAUUGAAGAAUUUCAGAUUCUAAAAGUAUUAGUGUGCAAUAUAUUGGCCUGCAUUAGUGCAAUACAAGUUAUAGGAACAUAUUAUAUAAUCAAUUAUACUUUAUUAAAAUUUAAUUAUGAAAAAUAUAAAUAGAUUGUUCGUGUGGUAUGUAGAAUGUGAUAGAAAACAACAUUUCAUCUAUGGACCGAAAUUUGAGAAAUAUAAUCAAUUAUAGGAUGAGUGUGUGCUAUAUAAAAGUAUUCUUGCUCAUUUCAAUAUACACAAUAAAAUAAUCAGAGAUCGGCUGUGACUUGUUAAUCUUAUCAAAUGUUUAUUGCUAGUUAUGUACAUAGUGAGGUCAUUUUAUUUUAUUUGUAGUAUAACUUAGUUUUGUAGACAGAUUUAUUCUAAUAGUACAACAUGUAAUGGCAUAAGAUAAUCUUUCAUCCCAAGUUAAUCCAAUAUUCAUUGAUUUAAUGAUCAAUCUGAUUACAGUUCAGAUCCUGUGUCCACGCUUCGCUUACAAGGAUCUGACAAUGCUUCGUUCAGCUCUUAUUUGCUGGGGUCAGACAUUUUUUUUUUAUUUCUCCUUCAACUCAUGUUAUAUCACCACUGGGAAUAGAAAUAAAAUUCGAUAUGGGCAAUAUUUCUUAUUUAUGUGUUCAUUUAUGCUGAAUAUUGACCUACUAGAUAUCAACAAGAAAUGCUGAAUCUAUUGUUUAUAAAUACAUGUCAUAUUCCUUCAAUCUAUCAGAAUGUAUUUUAGAUGGGGGAAAAAAUUGAGUCAUUGUCAAAAAGGAUAAAUUUGAUUGAAAUAUGAAGUUAAAUUUAUGAAUAUUGGUGAUUUUAUCUAUUAUUAGGUGCAAUAUUUUUUGCAGGGUAUAAAGAAAUGCUAGUCGUUGAAUUAUCAAAUGAGAGUAAUUAGUUUUUUACUUUUUCUAAAGCUCGGACAAAUUUAUUUUUAAUUUUCCAAUUGGUUCAUAUGUAAUAUAGGCUAAACUAUAAAAUAUUUCCAAAUACUAUAAAUUUCUCUCAAAAAGCACUCAUUUGAUAAAAAAAUAGUUAUGAUAAAACCAUAAAUUAAUAUCAAUUCUUUCUUAUGUAAAUCUUACCAGUCUGUCUUUGAUGGGUGGCUAUUUUUGACUGAAUCAUUGAAAUACACCCAAAUUAAAUUAUUUUUGAAUAUUUUUUUCUGCAAUAUCCCUAGAUUCUAGAAGCUUGAAGUAGUAUUUAUAAUUUAUUGAGGUUCUGACUUUUAAGUUUAUUUUUGCACAAAAUGUUAUAAGUAGAGGUUUUUUUUUUCUUGUAUAAAUCUUUUGGUUGACCAGUAAGACAGUAUUUUUGAAGAAAAAAAAGAGGCAUUUUUAAGGUGAUGGGUUUAUAGAGUUGAUGUUGGAGACCGGCAAUAUUACAACUCAUUUGGUGGAUAGAUGUAUUUGAUAUGCAUUUUGUGAUAUAGCUUUUUUUAUACUUUUUGUUGUUAACGUUGUUUUCAAAGUGACUUUUUCAUGAUCUCAGAUGAUUAUGUAGCUAUUGUUUUCUUGUGAAGGGCAUAUUGAUGAAGCUUCAAAAACAUUUCCUUAAUUUUUUACUUUUUCUUUUUUUAAUGGUAAGAAGUGAAAUAAAAAAUGAAAAGUACAAUUACUAAUAAAGAUUAACAAAUGUUAAUGCUUUAAUUGGAGACAAACAUCACAUAUCUUUCUUUUUUUUUCUUUCUAACUGUGCAGUCGUUGAAAUCAUAAUGGCUUGGGCUGAACUCUUCAUACCUUCUGAGUUCCACCAUUGGAAUUUUCAUUUUACCAGCUCACAAUAGGUCCUGUAAUAAAUUGAAUAGAUAUGAUCAAGGAAAUCCAGAUAUGCUAGGCGAUCAUGCAGUAAUGUAAAAUUGAAAUGAUAUUUUUAGGAAAGCUAAUGAUAUUUAUCAAUCAAGGCAAAUAUAUCAAUAUAAUAGAUUGCAAAGAUCUUGUUUUGGUUAGACAUUUGCUGUGAAUGUUUUAAGAUUGUUUUUUGAUCGAAUGUUAAGCUAUAUUUCAAGACAUACUUCUGUUGCUUUGUAGGUAGACGAAAUCCAUCACCAUUCACAGUAUUAUGGAUUAAUCAAAUAUUUAUACAUUUUAAAUAAUUAUUCCUUUUGUUCUAGUGUCUAUACUACAAAGAAUCUAUACUCUGAAUAAGAUUUGGAUGGGAAAUCCUUGAGUUACUAUUUUGACAUAAUAUUAAGAACUUAUCAGUUUCUGUAAAAUAGGUGCAAGUAAAAAAAAGUUAUGUUGAUGAAAAUAAUCCAUCUGUUUUUGUGUACAAUGAAUGCUAACUAUAAAUACUUAUUUCUGUAAGACAGCAUCCUAGCAAUGAAGAAACCAUUAGAAAAUAAGUUUAGAAUUCAAUCAUUUUUGGUGCAUCUACCAUAGAAUGUGAUAUUAAAACUUGUAAUUGUCUCAAGUCUUCUGUAGUGGGAUGUUGUGGUUUGUGAUGACCUCAACAUGGUCCAAUCCUACCUGUGACCUUGGGGGGUUUGGCAGGCGACCAUGCAACUGUACUUCUCAUUUUAAGCAACCUGUGUCCUUUAAAAUGGUCAUAAGCUUAAUUAAAUUUGCUUUAAAGUGAACUGGUGAACUAAGACAUUUUUAGAUGUGAACUAAGGGGGGUACCCUACUUGAGCCCCAUAGUGAGUCAAUAUAUAUCAUACUGUUCACUUACAGCAUCACUACAAGGUUGGGAUCAAAGGCCUGUUUCAACCAUUGGUAAACAUGGAAAGGUUCAAAGGAAUCUACAGACAUUACUGUUUCCUCCACAAAGUAUAUCCACUACCAUUAAAUCAUACUAAAAUUAAAAAAAAAAACAUUUAAAUGUUGGGAAAUGAUAACUUUGUGAAUACUUAGCAAUAGUGUGUUUAAAGGGGGUUGGAUGUUAUUUUAUGUAGAGGUAUAAAUUUAUUUCAAUUUCAAAAUGGAGAUAUUAUUCACUGAAUGAUUGAUGUUAAUUUUAUAUUUGUAGAUAAUGAAUUGUAUAUAGAAAAUUAUAUAUAUGUAUAGUAUAUAUGCUUGAUGUGUACAGCUAAUCUGUUGUAUAUAAAAAGCUACUCACUUUCAUACUUGACCUUUGACCUUAAAUUAUGUAGCAUUUGACAGGCAUUUACAUACUUUUUUACUUGGCAUUAUGGGUAGGUUGCUGCAAAGAACAAAUUAUUACUAUAUUUAUUUGUUGUUUUAUGGAGAAGUCUUCUGUUAAGAUUACAGCAUUGUAUACCUUGGAUACAUCUAUACUCUUGGUCAACGAAUUUGUGCAAAUCUGUAUAACAACUUUAAAGAAUGAUAAAUAUAUCCCUAAGGUUAAAAAAAUAUUCUUUAUAUUCACGUGAUUUAAUGAAUGUUUGCUAUAGAUUUUUGGGGGAUACUAUUGUCAAAAUUGACAAUGUUGUAAAAUUAUUACAAAGAUAACAUUGUGUUAUGUUAUGAUAGAUAAAGAGAGUACAGGUAUCUUUUGAAAAUAAAUUCAAGAUUUCAGUGUUUGGACUAUUUAGAAAAGGUAUAAGAUCUUAACAAAGACUUCUUUACUGAUUAUGAAUUCCAUGUUAUUUAUUUUGUUGUUAUUGUUUUUUUGUUUGAUUGUUAUGAUACAUUUUAUGAGGCACAGAUUUCAUAUACAUUGCUUAUUUCCUGUUUAUUAUUUGUUCUUUGACACAAAGGUAUCUGGGACCUUAAGCAUAUUGUGAUACUUUUUGUAGUAUAAUAUAAUUCCAGUUUCGCCUUUGUGUUAGGGGUAACUUGUAUUUCUAUGUCUCCUUAAUCAACAUUCCUUAUGUAUUUAUCAUAUAUAAAAAUAGGGUAGAGAGUAAUAAGUAAGUAGACGUUAUGUAGGUAGGUUACGUGAUACUGUUCAUAGGCAAUUAAAGAUUAAUGGGAAUUUUAAUUAUAUAAAGUGGCAUUGUUAGAAAUAAUAUGAUAAAAUCAGAUUAUAUAUAUUCAUACUGCAAAUAUGCUAUUUGUGCAUUCAGAAUGCACUGACCUUUUAAACUUUGGUUUUAUAUAGUCUGUGACCAUAAAAAACUUGUUUUUGACAUUGAUAAUGUGUUUCUCUAGAGUUUAAUAAUUACAUUUUGAAAGAUUUCAUGUUUCUGGAAUUUUAUGUUAUCUGCUUCAAAUCAGUAAUUGUUGAUUUUUACCCAAAAUAUUACAGUUAGAACAGUUUAAUAGUUGCAGUAUGGAAAAAAACAACCGUACUAUGUCUAAAAACAUAAAUUUUAUUUGUACUUGGCUCGAAAUAGGAUAGAAAUUCUCUGAUCAUUCUUGUAUUCUACCUGUUUCUAAGCCUUGUAAAGAUAAUUCUUAUUUAUAACAACAGUGUAUAGUUAUUCUAUAUUCAUAGUCAUAAUUUAUUUAAAUACAUAUCUUAAGUAAAACCUCUUUGUGACAAACUAUCAGGGAUAUUGUUUUUGUUUAACUUAUCAAAUAUACAAAUUUACGUGAAAAAGUCUUUGGAUUUUCUUGCUCUGCUUUAUACAUGAGUAAAUAAUACAGACAAUAACCAUGUCAAAGGUCAAAAUUAUGAAGAAGUUAAAUAUUAUUCAACUAUCCAGACUAUUUUAUAAGAAUUAUGAUUAUUAUCAGUCAAUUAAAAGUCUUUUAAUAAUAUACUUAAUAAUAUAGUUCCUGUACCGAUUGGCCAUUCAAAGUAAUAAAUUUUUUUCUCAAGCUUGUCUUCAAAUAUUUUUUUUCAUUGUGGCAGGUUGGUUGGUUAUAUUUCUUGUUCCUUCAAUGCAUUGUUUAUACUUAAUGUUCAAAACUCAUAUUGUUUUGUAACUAUAAACAGUUGAUUUAUGUAUUAGUAGGUUUUUAUUUAGUAAAUAAGAUUUAUAAGAAUUCUGUUAAUAUAAUUGAAGAGAUAAGAGCAUGACAAAGAAAGCAUUAUUGUGACUUUUUUUUUCAAAUGAUAUAUAAAUCUUUUGCGAUAAAGAACAUUAUCAUAUAAAAAAAAGUUAGGUACAUGUAGUCUUAAAUCUAAUGAUAUCCAGUGGUCAUACAUUUUACUAUGGAACAUAAAAGCACCUACAGGUGUAAAUUCAGAAAUUGUUUUUGAUUAGUUGACAUAAAUGCCCAUAUUAAGAAAGACUAUACUUGAGGUCCUUUUUCCUUUUAUCCACUCCACUAUUUUUAUAAGUUUUGGCUUUUCAAAUAUUUAGCCUUGAGCAUCACAUCAAAAUAUGUAUCUGGUGCAGUAAAAUUGGUAUUGUUAAAUAUCCUCUUAAUGGGUGCUUCAAUAUUCAUAAUAUGAAAAAUGACCAUUGGACAUGUUUGGAUUUGGAGACCAAACUGGAAAGUGUAGAGAGAAGGGCUUUUCUGUUUGUUUUGAAAUUCUUCUUUGUAAGUGCUGUUUUCAAAGUUUCAUCUUGCAAAAACAAAAUAGAACAAUAGUCUGACUUGGAAUCUGAGAGCACAAUGUUAUUUUUAUUUGUUCUAGCGUUCAAAUAAUGGUGGAGAACUUGACAUUAUGAUACAUUUCCUUCCUUGUGCAAUUCUGUUGUUUUUGUAUUUUUGAUCUCAUUUAUUAUUUGUUAUAAGGGGUGGUAACUCUCUUGUUUUGUUAAAGGGGAGAUAACUAGCUGUGCCGUAUGUUGUAAUCAAUCAUUGCAGUUGUUAACUAGUGAAAUGAACACUGUACAUAAAUCUGUAGAAAUUAAGAGAAAUGGUAAUAAAAACUUAAAAUGAA